GAAAGCGAGUGGGUACGCUCGUGGGGGUUGGAGUGGGGGAGCCAAACUUCCUGUCCCGCUCUGGAGCUGCUUCCGGCAGGAGCCGGAAGACGCCGUGUGUGGACGGAAUUCGGCACUGACUGACGGACAGCCCGCUGCCCAGGACUGAAAGGUUGAAUUGAUCACCAACCUAGUUCAGCAUCCUACAGGAAAAGCAUAAUGUUUCUUAAAGGGAUAUGAGUGUAACAGGAAGGUGUCCUUGACUCUGAAUAGAUGUGAACCUGUCCCCCAAAGAGCUACAGGAUUUCAGAAGCUGAAUCAAUGUUAUCAGAUGAGUUAGAAUCCAAACCAGAGCUCCUGGUUCAGUUUGUUCAGAAUACCUCCAUCCCCCUGGGACAAGGGCUAGUAGAAUCAGAAGCUAAAGACAUUACUUGCUUAUCCCUCCUUCCGGUGACCGAGGCCUCAGAAUGCAGUCGGCUAAUGUUACCAGAUGACACUUCAAACCAUACUAAUUGUUCCAAGGAAGUCCCUUCCUCAGCUGUUUUGAGGAGCCUUCAGGUGAAUGUGGGCCCAGACGGAGAAGAGACAAGGGCUCAAACUGUACAGAAGUCCCCAGAGUUUUUGUCCACUCCAGAGUCACCUAGCUUGUUGCAAGAUCUACAGCCAAGUGAUAGCACUUCUUUUAUUCUUCUUAACCUAACAAGAGCAGGUCUGGGCUCUUCAGCUGAGCACUUCGUGUUUGUACAGGAUGAGACAGAGGAUUCAGGGAAUGACUUUCUCUCUGGGGAGAGCACAGACAGUAGUAUCCCAUGGUUCCUCCGGGUUCAGGAAUUAGCCCAUGACAGUUUGAUUGCGGCUACUCGUGCACAAUUGGCAAAGAAUGCAAAAACCAGCAGCAAUGGAGAAAAUGUCCACCUUGGUUCUGGUGAUGGGCAACCCAAAGACUCUGGGCCCCUUCCUCAAGUGGAAAAGAAGCUCAAGUGCACAGUUGAAGGCUGUGACCGGACAUUUGUGUGGCCAGCUCACUUCAAGUACCACCUUAAAACUCAUCGAAAUGAGCGCUCCUUCAUCUGCCCUGCAGAAGGUUGUGGGAAAAGCUUUUAUGUGCUGCAGAGGCUGAAGGUGCACAUGAGGACACACAAUGGGGAGAAACCCUUUAUGUGCCAUGAGUCUGGGUGUGGUAAGCAAUUCACUACAGCUGGAAACCUGAAGAACCACCGUCGCAUCCACACAGGAGAGAAGCCUUUCCUUUGUGAAGCCCAGGGCUGUGGCCGUUCCUUUGCUGAGUAUUCAAGCCUCCGAAAACAUCUGGUAGUUCACUCAGGAGAGAAACCUCACCAGUGCCAAGUCUGUGGGAAGACCUUCUCUCAGAGUGGGAGCAGAAAUGUGCAUAUGAGAAAGCAUCACUUGCAGCUGGGAACAACUGGGAGUCAAGAACAGGAACAAACUGCUGAGCCACUAAUGGGCAGUAGUUUGCUUGAAGAAGCUUCAGUUCCCAGUAAAAACCUGGUGUCCAGCCUUGGUGGAGAGUCCUUGAAUCUACCAAAUACCAAUUCUAUCCUUGGAGUUGAUGAUGAGGUGCUGACUGAAGGAUCCUCUCGUCCCCUGUCUUCAGUGCCUGAUGUGACACAUCACUUGGUGACCAUGCAGUCAGGGAGGCAGUCCUACGAAGUUUCUGUCUUAACUGCAGUAAAUCCGCAGGAGGUAAAGCUGCUUCCUGCCCUUCCUUUGUUUCUGUGGUAACUUCAAUGGACAGUGACUGAGAAUCUGGUUCAGUGGAUCUAGAGUUUGCCCGCCUCCAUUUUUCUGUAACUGUAGUUGGCUUGUUUUCCUUUAAGCUAAGCGUGAGUGAGUCCAGGGUCACAGGAGUCUGAAUGUUGCCCUGUGAGUUGGGAGAUUGAUCUGACACUGAGGACUCGGUGCACUCUUACACACAAUUGUUAACUUUUGUUUAGUUUUUAAUUAUGUGUACUGUGUCUGUACACGAGUGCAGGUAUUUAUC